AUGUUUACACAGUUUCCCAUUGAUUUAUAUUCACUAUCAAGAAGUUCUCAAAAAGAAAAAGUUCCUUGUAAAAUUACUUCUAGAAAAUUAAGAGAUUAUCAAACUUGCCAACAAGGUGUAUUUGUUGGUCUUCUUAAUCAAUUUUGUGAUAUUACUAUUACAAAACCACCAAAGAAAGCUGUUAUUACUCAUCAAUUUAUUAAAAUUAAAUCUAUUUCUUUUAGUUAUAAAGAUUCAAUUAUAAUUGAAGAAUUUCUUCAAAAACGAUGUAAUGAUCAUAAAAGUUAUGACCUUUCACUUGGUUGUUCUGAAAAAACUGCUAAUAGACGUUUUCAAACAAAUAAGAAAACGGAAAUCUUACAUCUUUUACUUGAUUUUUUAACAGAAUUUGGAUAUUUCUUCGAAGUUAAUACAACAAAAGGUAAAAAAGGAACAAUGAAACUUCAAAACAUUGAAAAAAUAUAUUGUGAUGGGAAAUUCUUAAUGGGUAUUAAUGAUAUUUAUGAUUAUGGUUUUAGGAUAAAUGAUAUCGUUUGUCAAAUGCUCGAUAAGAAAGAAGAAUUUAUUUUACUUAAAAAUGAACCAACCAUUCGCUCAAUAUUUGAGUCAGAGUCUAUGUAA